AUGGAGCAGCAUGAUUCUAAAAAUUCAAAUGCAUUUGGAAAUGUUAGUACUGUGUAUAAUCCUGUAGAGCAUGAGGAAAUGUCAAAAUUGCUUUCUAUGCAGUUAGGACCAGAAUAUAUAUCCCGUCGAAGUGGACCCGGUGGAUCAUCUGUAACAUAUUUGGAAGCAUGGAAAGCAAUUGAGCUUGCAAAUGAAAUCUUUGGGUUCAAUGGGUGGUCUUCUUCCAUUCAGAGUAUUCAUGUGGAUUAUGUUGAUGAAUCAAAAGAAACGCAAAAGUACAGUAUCGGUCUGAGCGUAAUUGUUCGCGUGACCCUUAAGGAUGGAACAUUUCAUGAAGAUAUUGGUUAUGGAUCAAUAGACAACUGUCGAGCAAAAGCGCUAGCAUUUGAAAAAUGUAAGAAGGAGGGCACCACUGAUGGAUUAAAACGUGCACUGAGGAAUUUCGGCAGUAGUAUGGGAAAUUGUCUCUAUGAUAAAAAUUAUAUUCAGAGGAUAUCCAGAAUGGCUACUCCCAAGAGCGAGUUUAAUUAUUCAAAUCUGUUACAGAGAAACAGGCCUCGUCGGAGGACAUCAUCUUUGAGGCCCCUUUCUGAAAAUCAAACAGCGACAAGUGAAACAAAACAACCUAUUAAACCUGAACAGAUAUCAGAAGGAAAUUCAAAUACUCGCUUAAACAAUUUGAAACGUGGAAUGAAAGAUGUAUUCCAAUCGAAAGGCAAUGAACAUUCAGUACCAAAUACAAGGUUAUCUCCCGAGCUAGCUCAUUCCGAAACCGACAUGUAUGCUGAUGAAGAGCUCGAUACAUUUCUUAUGCAUAACGACCGUCCACUAAUGCCGGAAUCACCUCGAGUAGACGAUUUCGAGGAAAUGAUAGAUGAAUUGGAAGCAGAUGACCCGUUGCAGCCCCCAAACGUUGUAGAUUCAUCAUCAAAUAACACUUCCAAUCAGCCGGAUGAAAAUAUCCCUGUGCAGUUCAUGAAUGCUCGUGCAGCAUUGGCAGGAGAAAACUCAAACAAAGAUCUUAGGUUCCAAGUGCAUAAGACGGCUAGCUCUAUUCCCAAAUCAAGUGGAAUUGAUCAUAGUCGAUCUAUGCCCACUCGUAGGUCCUUCGCACAAUAA